UGUCCUGCCUUGGUGUUAAUAUUUACCCGCUGGUUAAUCUCGGGGGAUCUGGUGUCUGACUCUGUACCGUGCACAGGACAACUUUCCAAAACGUUGGGAGGUGUGUUUGAAAGCUGUGGCAAUGUUUGUAGAGACAAGUUAAAAGUUACAUGUCUUUUUAAUCUCCGACACCAAGAGCGAUUCCUGCGAUGGCUCCAGAGCUGCUGAUUGUCCUAGUGGCUUCAGGGUCCUGUGUGGCAUUUUGUUUGGUGAUCCUGAUGCUGGUGGUGGCCCUGUACAGAAAAGAUCCUCUGUGCUGCAUAUUCAGACCCUCCACAACAGAGCACUACACAGAUGAUCCUCCUCAUUACCACAGCAGGCACUCUUUGACUGGCAUCACUAAUGAGCACAGCACUGCCAUGAACCAGGGAGCUACUGGAGCACAGUUUCCCGGAAGGCUGUUCAUAAUAGGGAAGCCAAAUGACUACCACCUGAAUGGGGCUCUGCCGAGGCUGCCUUCCUAUGAGAGCGUUCGUAAGAAGGACCGGCAGAGACAUAUCCACAGUAUGAUCUCACAACGCUUUGGCCUCAGUGGCUGCCAUGAUGAGCCUCCACCAACAUAUGAAGAGACCCUUCGCCAGUCCCUUGACAUUUUACCUGUGAAUCUGAACUCCCUGGAUGUUCACCUGUCAAUGCACCCCCAAGAUCACUCCUCGAACCUCACUGAAGACACACACAACCCCAUUCAACCACCCACACCGCCACAGGAACCAGCUUCCUCCCGAUGCCCAGCACAUAGCUCCACGUUUCUGUCAAUCUGAAAGUCUGCUGUCAAGCCACAGCAUUAGGAAAGGGGCUACUUUUGUUCGAGCCAAGUGAGUGACGCCAUCAGACACAAGAGAAGAGUUUCUGGAAGAGCUGUUGAUAGAUCCCUGUGAUCCUUCUUAGAGGUAUUCUCAUGAUAAUGACUCUGGCUAUACACUCCACAAGGGUGACAAUGACACAGCUCUGCUUUGUCCAUUCAAUUCCUGGCAAGUUUUACAUUGUGUUUUUCCAAGAAUGGCAUAAUGGGAGGAUGGAUUUAAAGGCUUGACAAAUGUGAUUCCUUAGAGACAAUCAGGUUAUUUUUGUUCUGAAGACUUUUAUUCCACAUGUUUGAAUUCAACAGAUUUUAUAUUAAUUAAAUCCUUAAUGGUCAGUGCCUCCAUCAGUCUUUCACUACUCAGUCUUUUCAGAAACCUCUGAAACAACAUUUAGAUCAUCAUAUGAUACCAUGGCUUUCCACCAACACCCAGUAUAAUCUCACCCUUUUAGGAUUAAUAAUUCACUGCAUUGAUAGAAUUGUGAGGAAAAAAAAUUGAUUAGCUGUUAAAUGUAGUCACAGAAAGAACCCUAAUAGAGAAAGUGGCACUUUUUGGUUCUGUUCUAAUUAAGAAAACCUCAAUUCCAUCGACAUUUGUAAUAACGCAAGCAACUAAAAAUUCAGCUUUAAAAAUAGCCUUACUCAACAGUACGUCAUAAGGUAACAAUAUUGUUAUUAUGGGGAUAUUGUGGGUAUCCAGUAGUGUUUGGUCAAUAUUCCUUACUUCAGAGGCCUUUAACAAGCCCCAGUUUUGUGAGCUCAGACAUUUCUGUAAACAGCAGGACAGAGAGGAGCAUGAAAACAUGUAAGACAGCAAAGAUGACAGCUAAAAGGACAUGGACAAAACCAACUUGUGAUGACAUGAGUGCUCGUACAGCCAUUCCUGUAAAUUUUCAUAAGAGCUGAAGUUUUUUCGUAAAUUUAAAGUCAUUUUUGAGUAACUUUGUUAGCUCACAUUUCUGUAUUUAACAAUAAGUGUGAUGGAUGGAUGCCGAUUUGUCUUAAAAUGUGGACCG